AUUUAUAUAUAUUUUUCACAUCCCUAGAUCAGCCCUGAAAUUGCUAAUAAUUGAAAAAAAUUAAAUUUAAUACAAGUGUUAAAUAGGUACGAUUUGGAGAACAUGUCACUAAACUACGAGGAGAUGAGCUGGUCGGAUGUGCGGGAUCAGUUCAGGAAGUGGCGCGAGGAGACCGGCCGCCACAGCGAGGAAGUGGUGCAGCUGUGGGUGGCGGUGCUGGAGGACAAAGUGCACAAGACCGGCAACGAGCGCCACCUUAUCUUGGAGCAGGUGAUCAUCGCUGCUUUGGACACUGCCCGUUUCGACAUUGCCACCCAGUGCACCAAGCAGCUGGCACUGGAGUUUCCUGGCAGCCUGCGCGUAAUGAAGUUCAAGGCGAUGCGGUACGAGGCGUUGGAGCAGUACGACGAGGCGGAUGAGGUGUUAGAUGCCAUAAUUGCCAAGGACGAGACCAAUGCCGCGCCCCGAAAGCGUAAGAUUGCCAUUCUUAAGGCCCGCGGUCGACGGGCAGAGGCCAUCAAGGAGCUCAACGAAUAUCUGAAAGAGUUUAUGUCCGAUCAGGAGGCUUGGCAUGAGCUCUGCACCUUGUACCUGGCUAAGGGCGAGUUCGGCAAAGCAGCUUUUUGCAUGGAGGAGGUCCUGCUGCACAAUCCCCACAGCCAUCUGAUACACCAGCGGCUGGCAGAAAUUCGCUACACAAUGGGCGGCGUCGAGAAUGUGGAAUCUGCUCGAACUUACUACUCCCAGGCCCUGAAGCUCAACCCCCACAAUUUGCGUGCCUUGUAUGGGAUUUACUUGUGCUGCAACUACUUGGCCAACUCGAGAGCUGUUAGCUCUAAGCGCAAGGAGCUGCAAAAGCUGGCACAAUGGGCCCUGGAUCAGGUUUCGGAGCACACGACCAAACAAUCCACAAUCAAAAACAACGACAAACUGAUUCUGUCACUGGAGGCUGCCUUAGGAAACAUGGAAAUCAAAUCGAAUUGACCAACAAAAGCACUAAUGGAUAUCAGACCAUUCGUGCAAUAGAUGCCAGAAAGUAAUGAUUCCAAAUAUUCUCAGAAAUGGGUUUUCAGUUUGUUUCUUAAGCGAAAAUAACAUAGAUAAAGCAUUAAAAGAAGCGGGAGUUAACAAAUA